AUGGCCUCCUCCAUCCCCGGCCCCGUGCCGCUUCCCCCAUCCAAGUACGACUUGUCCACGUACUUCGGCCGCGUCCGCCACUGUGCCGACAUCUCAGAUCCGCUGAUGCUCCUCAACACGCCCCACGACGUCGAGACAGCCAAGCGGUCCGUGUGGGACUUCAAGAACGGCGUGGUGCCCCACAUGACGCCCGAGCUCUGGCGCCACAAAAAGGUCUUGGACCUGACGCUCCACCCCGACACCGGGGAAACCGUGUUUUUGCCGUUCCGCAUGAGCUCGUGCGUCUUGUCGAACUUGGUAGUCACGGCCGGCAUGCUUACCCCUGGGCUCGGCACGGCCGGCACGUUGUUCUGGCAGAUCGCCAACCAGUCGCUCAACGUGGCCAUCAACAUAUCGAAUGCCAACAAGUCCCACCCGUUGACCAACAUGCAGAUCGCCACCAACUACGCGAUGGCCGUGACGGCCUCGUGCUCCGUGGCUUUGGGGCUCAACUCCGUGGUGCCGCGCUUGAAGAACGUCUCGCCCGGCACGAAAAUGGUCUUGGGCCGCUUGGUGCCGUUUGCAGCCGUGGUGUCUGCAGGCGUGGCCAACGUAUUUUUGAUGCGCAGCGAGGAGUUGAAGAAGGGCAUUGCUGUGUUCGACAAGGACGGCCGGGACCUCGGCUCGUCGAAAACUGCCGCGUUCCAUGCGGUUGGCGAGACCGCGGCAAGCAGGGUGAUCAACGCCACGCCCAUCAUGGUGAUCCCGCCUUUGAUCUUGGUCAAGUUGCAGAAAUCUCGGAUGCUUAAGGGCAAAUCCAAGCUCGUGGAGACCAUGGUCAACAUCGGCUUGAUUUUCGGCACUUCCUUGGUGGCGUUGCCUUUCGCGUUGGCGGUGUUUCCUCAGAGACGUACCAUCAGCACGCUGGCGCUCGAGCCUCAGUUCCACAACUUGAAGGACAAGCAGGGCGGCGAAAUCACUGAGGUCGAGUUCAACAGAGGCAUCUGA